AUGAAACUCUUUGGUUCGUCAUUUAAAUUUACCGCGCAUUCUCCAUAUAUUAUCUGUGGUGACGGCAAAGGCAGGUUUUUUGCUGGAUUGUCUAAUAUGGAGAUUGCACUUAAUUAAUUACUUACUAAUAAGUUAACUAAUAAGAAACUAUAAAUAAAUAAGAUUGUUUGAAGCAAUAGCAUUUAAUGUUGUUUCUCUUUACAGAGCAACAACUUGGCAAUUGUUUCACUUAUUACAAAACAACAUUAAUUAUAGCUGUUGUAAACAAUGGAAAAGUUAAAAUUCGAGGUUGUUAUAAAACCGGGUGAAGAUCCAAAAACAAACAUAAUGUGCAUAACCUCAAUUAUGGAUGCAGAUAGAAAUACCUUUUUGAUUCCGGAGCAAUUACAAUCAGUGAAACUACACGAUGUGUUAACACAGACGAAAAUUUUUCAAAAAGUAAGAACUACACUGCAAAGAAGACAUGAAAAACGACAAGUAUGGAUUUCUGUUACACCGGAGUUACAUGAUGCCUACAUGGAUGAAGAUGGAAAUAUGCAAUUUAAAGGUUAUUUACUGGAAGAAGUUACAUAUAUUUCACAAAAGCAGACUUCUACGGACACGACAACAGAAGCUCUUUCAAGAAUGUUGGCUAAUUUUGCUGAAUCGGAGAAGGAGCCUAAACUGUUCAAUUUAAAGAAAUUAUCUGAAAUGUUUGUAAUCGAUAAAUUUACACUAAAAACGUCAAAUGCAACACAAUGGAUGAUCAUCUUCGAAACUGAAUGUGCUCGUGUGGGUAUAAGUGAUGAUAUUCACAAAAUUCAAGGGUUAAGGUUAUUUUUAGAUGAUUCUUGUCAAGAUUGGUAUAGUUCCAUGCUUAUAAAGUAUACAUUGAAUUCUGAAUGGUGUAUUUGGAAAAAGAAUUUUUGUGAAACAUAUAUGAACAAAGGCUGGACGCCGGUAAGAUAUGCUUUUUUAUUUAAGUAUAGGCAGGGAUCGCUACUAGAAUAUGCUUUAAAGAAAGAGAGGCUUUUAUUAGAGACAAGUAAGUUAAUAGAUAAAACCACUUUAAUUAAUUUAAUUGUAACUGGGUUACCUAAUUUUAUAGCUGAUGAAAUUGAUAGAAGUGAUAUAAAGGAAACUGAACAGUUAUUUAAUAGUAUUCGUGGGUUAGAACAUCUAAAUAAAAAAAAAAUUGAAAAUAGGGAAACACAUGUUGAAAAUAAAAUUAAAGAAAAAUCUUUAAGGAAAAACCGUGCAAAAUCUGUGAAAAAGAAAAGAAAGGAAUUCGAUAUCAUUCAGAGUCUGUAUGUUGGUUCAGGAAUAAAAAUGAUAAUCAAUAUAAAAAAGAGUUGA